AUGCCAACGCCAGCCAUCACCCUCAACGACGGACAAACCAUCCCCCCCAUCGCGUUCGGCACCGGAACGGCGCUGUACGCCAAGGAAUGCACUGCCCUCGUCCUCGACGCCCUCGAGACCGGGUAUAGGAGCUUGGACGCAGCGCAGAUCUACGCAAACUCCCAGAGUAUUGGCGACGCAUUGAAGCAGUGGAACGGCAAGCGCGACGACGUCUAUGUGCUCACCAAGUGGGGCAAACGCGACGGCGAGGGUGGUAACGAUCCCCGCGCAGUCCUCGAGAUCGAGCUCAAGAAGCUUGGCGUCGACUAUGUCGACAUGUACCUCAUCCACUCCCCCCUCGUCCCCGACGACUUGCAGAAGGCGUGGGCACAGAUGGAGGAGAUCAAGAAAUCGGGCCUCGCGCGUUCCGUAGGCGUCUCCAAUUUCCGCGAGGAGGAUAUCCUCGAGAUCAGCAAGACCUGGACUCAUGCCCCGGCGGUUAACCAGAUCGAGUACAACCCGUACAACUUCCAUGCACCAAACAUGGAGCGCCUGACAGCCCUCAUGAAGCAGCACAACAUCAAGAUCCAGUGCUACGGCCCUCUUAACUCGGUACACCGCGUCGCGGGCGGUCCUGUUGACCCCGUUGCCGACAAGAUUGCCAAGGAGCGCGGCAGCACGCCCGCACAGGUCCUGCUCCUCUGGGCAUCGCAGUAUGGUGGCGGCACUGUUGUUACCACGUCGCGCAACAAGCAGCGCCAGGCCGAGCAACUCGCGGCAUUCUCUCAGCCGCCCCUCUCUGCGGACGAGGUUAGUGCAAUUGCCCAAGCUGGGCGCGGCAAGUUCCACCGCCAGUUCAUGAAGGAGGUGUGGGACCUUGCCAAGGCGUAG